UGGAGCUUCUACUGGGGUUUUGAGUCGAGCGUCGAUUCCAGAUUUUCGUUUUUGAUUAGUGCACUUUCCGCCCAACGCAAAACGCGGAGAGAAGAUAAAACAAGGAGGAUCUUCGACUGAGCAAACAGCAAAGUGUCGUGGCUUUUCGUUCAUGAUUUUUUUUUGAGAACUCGUGUGGAGGUACCGUGCAGAAGCCUUUUGCUGGUGAUUUGUUUGAUCAUCUAGAGACGAAAUUUUUUUUAGCACCUCAAAAUCCAAUGACAUUUUUGUGAACUGGAAGUUACUUACUUAUGUCUUCGCGCAUUUUGUGAAAAGGCGAAACCAAUAAACUAUGCCCCCGCGACGCAACCGUAACCGAGCCGCGGCAGCACAGCCAGAGGCACCGCCGCCAAAUGGCGACCAAGUUGCAGUGGCGGAGAACCCGGACGUGGCUGCGCAAAAUCCAGCGGAGCAGCAGCAGCAGCCCAUGCGGCCCCCACCCCCGUUUCCGCUGUUCGAAGCUGGUCGGACCUUGGAGGCAUUGCACGCAAAGUUGACGAGUCUCCAGUACGAACGGGUGCCAAAAUUGUGUCGGCGGAAGGCGGCAAACUUGGGCUUGAACGUACUUGCUGCUGUUGCUCUUUUUCAGCGACAAGUGGCACCGUGAGGCCGGAUGCUUGAGAGCUUCAAACUUCGUAAAACAAGCAGCCUCUUUUUCCAGGUGAGUGUUGCGCCCGUAUUUCCUUGGAGAUCUUCGCAAAUAGAAACUACAUAAAAAACUAGGUUUGGGAUUUGAUCGCGGCAAAGAACACAGGGUAUGCGGCUCGAGGCGGGAUCCCCGAGGAAGUGAAGACGAGGAUUCUGGACUUCGUGGGAGACGCGCCAAUGGAGGGGCAAAUCGCGCCGGGAUUUUCCGCCGCGCGAAUAAGGGAAAUCCAGGACAAAUACCAUCGUAACAAGGCUGCUGAUAUCAUCGCAAAGCUGCUUCCAAAAGUCGAGGAGUGGGCGGGCUGCGGAAAUCCUCAUGCCGAGGUAGCUUAUGAUGAUGUCGUAGAGGGAUUGGUCCCUUUCCCCAAAGACGAAACUAACUGGUGGGUGUGGUUGCUCGCUUACAACCCGCAUCUCAAGUCCAUGAUUGAAAAGGCCGGCUUCACCGUGGAGCCGAUGCCGGUGAAAGCAGACGCGGAGAAAGAAGAAGACAAAAACUGGAAAGGCAGAGGACUACUGGGAGUAUCCUGGUCGAGUAAACAGUAAGCCAUUGUUUUCGUACACUCUCUCCUGUUCCAUUUACGCACUGUCAAUCCACUGUCUGCUCCUGCUAGAAAUGCUUAGACGAAACCUCUGUUGGACUUUACCAAGCGUUCGCGUGAUUCACGUGGCUGCCGCGCUUGAUCUUCAGUUUGCGAACAUCAGUGCUUGGCCCUGACUGGCGAGCUCCAAAUUCCGUCUUUCAAAAUGAGCACUUGACCGCUCACACGUACUGUGUCCGUGCCGGUCUCCUGUCUAGCGUUUUCGAGCAGAUUUUUUGUCGCUCGGGUUGCGCAAGCAAUUUUGUUCUCGAAGAACUUGAUCUAUGUACCCGCACUACAGCCACGUAUCCAGAUUUGUUUAAUGCUUCAUCCCCUUUCUUUCCAUCGCCAGUCAAGUUUAGCGGAUACAUCGUGUCCAAGGCUGUACCUGUGUGUUGAAUUUGAGCGGUCUCUGACUUGUGGCAACCACCGAAAGUAGUUCCUUCACUUUCAGAUUGUGUUCCUUCUCACACUCACUUCGAGUCUGCAUAUAUAUAGAUUCUUGUAUGCCUCCUGGCCGGUAAAUCAGUGCCUACGUACUCGAAACCGAAAGAAUAUUAUUUCGGACAGAAAAAGAGUAAGAGACAGAAACCUGUGUCGGAUCUCGGCUUACGUAGUUGGAUCAAAAACAGAAUGCCUCCCCGUCGUAACCGUGGCGGACAGGCAGCGGUGGCUAAUCCAAACGCCAACGACGAAGGAGGAGCAGACGUAGCAGCAGAUGACGGCGCGGCGGCAGCGGUAGGUGCGGCAGCAGCGCAAGCGCCUGCAGCAGUGGAACCGGCCGCCCCUCCACCCUUCCCGCUGUUGAAGCCAGGCCGCACUCUCGCAGAGCUGGAGACAAAAAUCCGGGACAUCGAAUUUAACCGGGUGCCCCGUGUGUGCCGUCGAAAAAUCGUGAAUCUGUGCCUGAAUGUAAGCGAUUCUCUUUUGUGUUGUUUGCGCACGUAAUUAGUUCGGUGCUGUCGCCGGAGUGACAGUGUAACUACUUGAUUCAAAAAUUGCCAACAUUCUCAUGCAACAGAUGUGGAACCUGUGUGCCGCAAAGAAUACCGGGUGGGCGGCCCAUGGCGGCAUCGAUGAUAUCGCUGAGAAAUCUUCGGCGGGUUCAUAGAAGUCGAAGUUUGAAUGAUGUCAAUGUACCAAGAAACACUACAAAAAGGAGGCAUUUACUAUCUGUUUCUUGCAUCAGUAGCCAGCAUUUCAGGGCUUUUGUCCUUUGCAGUGUGAUGUGAAACUGCAGCGCGCGUGAGAGUAUUGAUGUGGCCUGUUGAGGAUUUCCGUUCCAUAACUGACCCGGUGAAGCGAAAGAUCCUGGAAUUUGUCGGCGACGCAGCUGUGGACACCCAAGUGACGCCGAAGCUCAGCGCGGCGAGAAUGCGUCAGCUGUCCGCCGAUUCGAAUGCCAAGCAGGCCAGGCAAAUUUGCGCCGCCUUCGCGAAAAUAUGCGAAGAGGAAGCCGGUCUCGGGAAUACGCACGUCGACGUCGUCUACGGGGAUGCGGUUAUUAACGUGCAGAGGAGGACCCCCGACGACGGCAACCUCUGGGAGUGGCUGUUCGAUGUCACUCCGACGCUGAAGCCAUUAUUGGAACAGGCUGGCUUUGAAGUUUACAUCCUUCCCCGCCAGUUGGGAAGUGAGUACGCAAACCUGACUGAUUUAGAAAAAAAGGAAAAUGAUAAAAAGGAAAGCAAAGUACAACUGUCGUGGCUGAGUUAAGCGUGUCUGCCUGUCUGGGCCAUCUCGCUGCAAGUAAGUACCGAUCCGAUGCCUUUCAAGAUAAUCGUGUUAUGAGUCCGAGUAUUCCGGUUCCGCGCGCGGCAAAUUCUGGAUUCAUACGUUUCUAAAAUUCUAUGUAGCGGUAUGCGCGGCAAGAUUUCAU